GGGGCCACACCUCUCCCGCAGCUCUGGAUUGGUCCUCGCAUCUUCACUCCCUCCACCGGAGUUCCGCGUUGCAGCACAUUUAAGUCCUGCAUCGUUUUCUUCAGACUUCUAACUCCCUCUGAGGCUGCAGGAGAUUCGUCUGCCACCAUGUCCGACCGAGGAACCUUCGACACCAACGUGGUCACCGUGACCCGGUUCGUUAUGGAGGAGGGCAGGAAGGCGAAAGGCACGGGAGAGCUGACAACGCUGCUGAACUCGCUGUGCACGGCGGUGAAGGCCAUCUCCAGCGCUGUGCGCAAAGCCGGGAUCGCCCACCUUUAUGGUAUCGCCGGCAGCACCAAUGUGACCGGUGACCAGGUGAAGAAGCUGGACAUUCUGUCCAAUGAUCUGAUCAUCAACAUGAUCAAGUCGUCUUUUACCUCCUGCGUGCUGGUGUCUGAGGAGAAUGAUGAAGUUAUCAUUGUAGAGCCAGAAACAAGGGGUAAAUACAUUGUGUGUUUUGAUCCUCUGGACGGCUCCUCCAACAUUGACUGUCUCGUCUCCAUCGGUACCAUCUUCGCCAUCUACAAAAAGACCACAGAUGAUGAGCCUUCUGAGAAAGACGCCCUGCAGCCCGGCAGAAACCUCGUGGCAGCAGGCUACGCCCUCUACGGCAGUGCCACCAUGAUUGUGCUCUCCACCGGCCAGGGAGUCAACGGCUUCAUGCUCGACCCAGCGAUCGGCGAAUUUAUCCUGGUGGAUCGGGACGUGAGGAUCAAGAAGCGAGGCAAGAUUUACAGCUUGAACGAAGGAUAUGCAAAACACUUCGACCCCGCUGUCACGGAGUAUCUGCAGAAGAAGAAGUUCCCUCAGGAUGGCACUGAGCCCUACGGCGCCCGUUACAUCGGAUCCAUGGUGGCAGACGUACACCGGACGCUGAUGUACGGAGGCAUCUUUUUAUACCCAGGAAAUGUGAAGAGCCCCAAGGGAAAGCUGCGGCUGCUGUACGAAUGCAACCCCAUGGCCUUCAUCAUGGAGCAGGCCGGCGGCAUGGCCUCCACCGGCCUCGAGAACAUCCUGGACAUCCAGCCCGAGAGCAUCCACCAACGGGCUCCUGUGGCUCUGGGCUCCCCCGAGGACGUGCUGGAGUACGUCGCCAUCUGCCAGAAACACACCAAGAACAAGAAGUGAGACCAGCACCGACUCACUCUCAUCAACAACCAUCAGUGACCACUUUGUAUCUCCAGACCGUCACCUUCAUGUUGACGUACUUUGAAUGAUGUUUUGAGGAGUUUGGAAAGGUUUCUUAAGGGGCCAAAAACAUCAGGGCAUUUUCUCUGUGAGAUCAACCAAAUUUAGAGCUACAAGGUUUUCAUGCCAUACGGGCAGUGUUCAUGUUUUAUUUAUAGAAAGCUGACGGAUAACAGAAAGAAGGUGGUGCAGUGGAAACAUGAAAACUGCGAUUCAUAAGCUCACACACACACAAACACACACAUUCCACAAAAACUACCAAAGAGCAAAAAUUUGCCAAAAAAUAAAUAAAACCUGAGGAGAACUCCUCCUCAGUUCACCUCCAGUUGUGCCUUAAUUGGACUGAACAUGCAUUUUAGACAUGUGAAGGACCAAAUACAACCUCUAUGCAAACACCUGAUGCCUUUAUUAUGUGAACAACUACUGUUUGAAAUGAAGAAGUCUCAAUAAAUCAGAAUGAAGACGAAA